AUUUCAAGGAAUAUUGUAAAAUAGUAAACCACUACAUACCAUUUCUUUUUGAUAAAAGGAUCAGGAUGCAGAUACUUUGAAAGUCACAGUGCCAUUGACCUCUCACUCCACUCGAUCCACCUCUCUAAACAAUGGAAAAGAUUCAGCACAGCCAUGAACAAGCUAAAGGACUAAAGCUUCAUGUUGCCCAGAUUGGAACUGGUACUAAGAUGGUGGUAUUCUUGCAUGGAUUCCCUGAAAUUUGGUAUUCAUGGAGGCACCAGAUGGUUGCGGUGGCUGAUGCCGGCUACCGAGCAAUUUCUCUUGAUUUUAGGGGAUAUGGACUCUCAGAGCAUCCAUCAGAACCAGAGAGGGCAACCUUUAAUGACUUUGUUGAUGAUGUCGUUGCCCUUUUCGACUCUUUAGGCAUCAGUAAGGCACAUCUUGUUUCCAAGGAUUUCGGGGCCCUUGUAGCCACCAUGAUGGGCGUACUUCACCCUGAAAGAGUGUCUACCAUCACCUUACUAGGCGUUCCUUUCCUGCUACCAGGCCUCUCUCCACUCCAAACUCAACUUCCUCUCAUUCCAUCAGGCUUUUAUAUGCUAAGAUGGCUGAUACCGGGGAGAGCUGAAGCCGAUUUCGGCCGCUUCGACGCAAAGACAGUAGUACGCAAGAUUUAUAUUAUGUUCUCCGGAAGUGAACCCCCGGUUGCAGCUUCUGAUAAUCAAGAGAUCAUGGAUUUGGUCGACUCAUCUACUCCUCUACCGCCAUGGAUGAGCGAGGAAGACAUUGCAGAGUAUGGAUCUUUAUACGAGAAAAGCGGAUUCCGUACUGCACUGCAAGUUCCAUACAGGACCCUGAUGCUGUCCUGUGGGCUGGAUGAUGGGAAAAUCAGUGCUCCGGGACUUUUGAUCAUGGGAGAGAAAGACUAUAUCAUGAAAUUCCCAGGGCUGGAAGACUACGUUAAGACUGGCAAAGUGAAGGAGUUUGUGCCCAAUUUGGAGGUCACAUUUUCUUCAGAAGGAACCCAUUUCGUCCAAGAACAGCUUCCUGAGGAGGUGAAUCAACUCAUCAUCCCCUUCCUCAACAAACACAGCAAAUAAAGGAAGAACUCCAUGAGCUAUCUGUAUUUUCGCAUGGUUGAAGCCUAUGUAUACAAUGAAGAUGGAAGAGAUAUACCGUACAUAGGGACGGAGGGGGGCGAGGGACUGACCCCAAAUUUUUUUGGGUAAACUAUGUAAUUGGUCGCCUACUUAUUCCAAUAUUUUUGUUUUUAAACUAUUUUUUUUUAAA